GAUGAGGAGGAAGACGCGAACUCCUCUGUCGUAUACUUCAGUUUCUUUGCAGCGAAGCGCAUUGAGGUGAAGCCGGGGAAGGAGCUACUAUUCGCUGUCGACACAGACGACAAGGAAUUCAAGGAUAGGGUGCUUAUGAUUCAGGGAUCCCUUGCUUCAGAGCCCCCCUCGGAAGCUGAGGAACCUGUAGAGGCUGCACCGCCAGCAGAAGAGGAAGAGGAACCCGUCGCGUUACCGCCGAAGCUGCGGCGAACAUGGCUACGACCGCCCGAAGAGCAAGUUAUUCCCCCAAUCCCACCAAGUCCUGAGUAUGCCACUGCGAGCGUACAGACCGAGACCACCGCGCGCGAUGCUGCUGUGCAGGCGCUUCCUACUACUUCUUGCCGAUCCACGCAAGCGCAGCCCUCGUGCGCUGAUCAACUCGUUCAGGCGCAGCCCUCAUGGACUGAUCAACCUGUCCAGGUGCAGCCUUCGCGCGCUCAUCAGCUCGUUCAGGCCGUGCCUCGGAUGGCCUCUGCAUCUUCGCAAGCCACCGAACCUGUCGUCCCGCCCCGAGUAACGAGUUCGUCGGGUAUGCAGACGGAUGCGCCCGUCGAACCUCCAAGUACGGUCAAGGAGGCAGACAUCUCUUACUCUCGUCCAGUCGAGCCCAUGACCCCGAUAUCCAAUGGUUACUAAGGUCUCACUAACAAGCUUUUACGCAGGUCCGCAGCCUUUCGACGAUGGACGAGAGUGACGACGAGGACGCUGCACCCAUGCGCGGGGACGAGGGCGCUCCUCCACUGCGCGAGCGCAGCCUUUCUGCGAUGGACGUCGAUAGCGACGAUGAGGAGCGGUUGAAAGAAAUCGAAAGCCGCGCGGCUUCGCCUUCGGCUUCCG